AUGACAGUGAGCACUCUCCGGGUGUAUCUUCCCAAUGACCCCCUUCUGGUCAGGCUCCUUGAGGCUGCUCACCGAGCGUCAGUUUCGAAAAAGGUCAUCCUGGACAAGCUCGGAUUCGAGAAGACGUAUUCCGAUUUGCUUGGUGAUAUUGUGCAGACGAGAGACGCACUGUCCCUGUCGCUUCCACCAUGGGUGCCGUCCGAAGUGGGACCUACACCUGAGAAAGACGUGCACGUUGGGAUCAUUUCACAGAGCGCUUAUGAAUUUCUGGUUGCUUUCUUCGCCGUGCGAGCCGCUGGAGGGGCUCAGGGGUUUUGCCUGAAGAAGGUCAUUACUUACUUCAAAAGGCAAAACGAACAGAUUGCCGCCUAUAUCAGAAAGCAACCCGAAUCCUUACCUCUCCGGCUCCUGCCCAUCUCCUCAAACGCAAGGGGUAUUCCCAGUUCCCAGCUAGUCGUUGACAAUUCUAUUUCGGUGAAUCCAGCUGGCCCAGGAAUGAUUAUGUUCACAUCGGGCACCACUGGUCGCCCCAAAGGAGUGAUCCUGCCGAGGGUCCUAUUUAGUGAAGUGAAGGGCUCGGGAAAUGAUCAAGUUGCACUAAACCAUCGUCCUUGCCACUGGAUCGGAGGAGCUCGGACCUCAGUGGAUGCCAUUUUGACUGGGAAGACUCUCGUGAAUAUUGGAGAGAAGAGGGCAGAAUCUCGAGCGCAGGCCGUUAUAGAGGUUCUCCAAGAAUACCGCAUCACAGAUGCGGUUUUCACACCAGCCUUGCUCCGUUGGAUGAAACAAAUCAUGUUAAAGGGAGGAAACCCGACACCUGCUCAUAUCAGAGCGGAGCGUGGCAACCCUUUCAGGCAUUUAUCUUCCAUAAAAUGCGCCGCGGGUAUCUGUGAGCCCUCGACAAUAUCCUUUUUGACUUCAUUAACCGGGCUACGCUUUGAGACCAUCUAUGGAGCGACAGAGCUUGGGGGACUGAUCACUGUAGGCCAUUCUGAAGUAAAGGGAUCGAUUGGGAAACCACUGCCGGACAUUGACAUCAAGCUGUCUGAAGGCGAUCGGGGUGAGAUACGAGUCAAGAGCGCGAGGAUGUUCAUAGGAUACAUCGGCGAUAAGGCGGCCACGAAAGCAGUAUUUGAUGAGCAUGGCUACUACAAAACCAACGACUUGGCUGAAUACAGAAAUGGCGAAUACAUCUUUUGUGGAAGGGAAAACACUGAUUUUGUGUUAUUCCGAAACUAUGGGUUUUCGAGUAUGCUUGUGGAGAACAGUAUCUUGGAUCUGGACUACAUUGCAGAAGCCUGCGUAGUAGCCGUACCAGACCACGCCUCACGCCAGCUUUGCGGCGUUGUUGCUCGAAUGACACCCGAUGUCGUGGCAGCUGGUCGGCAGAUUGACUUGAGUAAAAUUCGAACCGAUCUGUCAAACAGGAACGUCCCACUUUAUAUGCUUCCUGUUGUCCUGAAAACCUUGAGUGAAGGCGAGCCAUUGCCGAGAAAUGUGUCGGCAAAACCAAUGAAACGCGAUAUUCUCGCACGAUACUUUGGCUCAGUUGGCGGCAUCCCGCCCACCUCCCUCCCCACCGGCGUGGAACGGUUUGACUUGCCAAAAACUGGAAACUCCUGUAUACAACCCUGGGAUUGGUGUGGUAUGCAAUCUGCAUCUGUAUAG